AUGCCCCGCAUGGAGGUGCCCCAGGUGUCCAUCAAGGCGAACUUCCUCCGACAGCCAAAUGCCAAGCCCCUCGAGCUGGACCUGCCGCCGCCGCCGCAGAUCAGCUUCGGUGAUAACGGAGAUAACGGUUAUGGUAGCGGUGGAGGCUAUGGCGGAGGAGGGGGUGGUGGCUAUGGAGGCGGUGGUGGCGGAGGAUACAGCCAACCACAGAUGCAAUACGGCCCACCGAUGGAGCAGUACGGUGGUGGAGGAGGAGGAGGAGGUUACGGCGGCGGUGGUUAUCAGCAGGAAUCGCCCGUCAACAUUCAGAAGACGAUCAAAAUGGUGGACGAGAAGUACGGCGGCGGCGGAGGCGGCUAUUCCGCACCAGUUCCCCAGUACGGCCCACCGCCGCAGGCUCAGGCGGCGCAGGACGGCGGCUACUACUACCCACAGGGCUACGACAGCGCCCCCCAGCAGCAGGGCCUGCCGUACAUCGAGGCGAAAGGCGCCGGCUCCAGUCACAUUCCCCAGGCGGCAACGCCUCCUCAGCAACAACAGCAACAGCAGCCUUCCUUUGGACCAGCUCCUCCAGGACCCCAGAGCCCACCACCAGCAGCCUUCGGUCCUCCGCAGCACUUCCCCGGACCGCAGUUCAUGCCACCACCACCAAUGCCAGGCGGCCAUCCCUUCAUGCCCCCGCCCGGUCCUCCCGGCCCACCACCCCACCCAAUGAUGAUGAACUUCGCCCGGCAGGACCAGGCAGGGCCACCGAUGAUGUAUGGCCCGCCAAUGCCACACCCCGGACACUUCCUUCCGCCGCCGCCACAUCCGAUGCACUUUGCUCCGCCACCCCAGCACCCUCAGCAGCACUUUGCCCCUCCUCCUUCUCAGGAGCAGGCCAAUCUGCAUCGAAACGGCGGUGGAAGACACCAUCAGGAACGUCACAACAGCAAGGCGUAG